CCGCCAGACAUUCAGUCUCGUCUUAGCACUUCGAGAGGUCACAACUCACAUAUAUCGCGCGGUUGCAUUUCUCUUGAUUUCAUUUUUUCCGCCACCCACCCCUCGCACAUACAUUUUAAACGGUGUCAAAUCGUAAAACUACUUUGAUCGUUGAACGAGCUAUUUUUUCUUCUCUAUCGUCUUUUUAAUCGUGAUAUUAAUUCAAAAUAACGACGAUAAUAAAAACAAUAACAAAAUACGAAUCGAUUAUUCUAAUCGAUCGUGAAAAAGAUAGAAAAAAAUAAUAAUUCAGUCGUCAAAAGUGGUUUGAAAAAAAAAAAAGGAACAAUAUUUGAGAGGUGGUUUUUUUCUUUUGUGUUUCGCGUCGAAUUUUGUUGUAUAAAAAAUAAUCGAACGCGGAUCGCGGUGAGAUUGAUCGAGAGAAUAAGAAGAAUAAGAAGAAUUCUAAGUGAGGAAGAGAAGAAGAGAAGAGGAGUUUGGAGAGGAAAAUUGGAGGGGAGGAAGAUCCUGCGUGUUAACUUUUAUCUCCUAACUCGAAAAGAUCGAUUUAUAUAACACUACUGGUGGUGUCACGUAAAGGUCUGUCAUACACAUCAUAUACACACACACACACAUAUACACAUACACAUACAUAGAGAACACACGAAUCAACAUAUAUGCGUUGGGUUUUCGUCAGAUUGAUAAAAAAAAGUGUCGUGCAAGUUAGUUCGAUAUUUUCGUUAAUAAUUGUGUGAAAUAUUAAUAAAGAAAGCGCUUAUUACUAUGCGCCCAGAUAGCACGUUUAUUAUUAUUAUGAGAUAAUGAGCUGCUCGGUAAAGAUAUCGUCCGGGAAGAGUUGGAGCGGAUCUCAAAGGAGGAUCAGCUCGUUGGCGGAGGAGAAUACCUGUCCUUCUCCGAACAACGGCGCUGUUCCAAGUUGCGCCCUCUCACAGACCAUUCAAACGACCAACAACGUAUUGGUCGUAUCCUCGCAAACAACUAACUAUAAUAAUAAUACUAACGUAAUUAAUACAUCGAAUACCAAUCAUUUGGAAAAUAUUACAAAUAUCGGUAACAAUCCAAAUAUCGUAACAUCAUCGUCGUCGUCGUCGUCAACAACGAGUGGAAUUUGUGGAGGUGGUGGUCCUCCCGUUGUUUAUAAUUCUACGGUGGCUUCAUCUAACGUAGCUGGUGUUUUUGGUGCCGGUGGGUGCACCUCUGCAGCAGGCGGCAUUCCUCAAAGGAUCCCCACGCCACGCCCCGUAAAGUCGAUUGCUUCGAAGAAAGGGGAAGACACGAGCAAGCUGCUCAAGUACAUCGACGAUAACGUCAUCGGCAAGAACGGCACCUUCUUCGGACCGUUCGGCCGCAGGAAAGUUGUCUUUUGCGAUUAUACAGCAACAGGAAGGUCAUUGCAAUUUCUUGAAGAAUACAUUGCGAAGGAAGUACUACCAUGUUUGGGAGAUACUCGAUCAUCAACAUCCAUUUGUAGUUUACAAUCCUCACUGUUCAGGCACGAAGCAAGGGACAUAGUUAGGCAUGCUGUUGGAGCUGGUGACCAGGAUGCAGUUUUAUUCACGGGUCAAGGUUCGGCCGGUGCCCUUCGAACACUUCUCCGACUACUCGAUCUCUCUAAAUCCACCGUAGUUUUCGUUGGACCGUUCGAACACCAUGACAACUUACAACCAUUACGAGAAUAUGGUGUCAAGAUAGUACGAGUGUCCGAAACUAGAGAAGGAUUUUUGGAUCUGAACGAACUUGAACGUGGUCUAGCAAAGAUGCGUUCAGAAGGUGUUGCGCAAAUGAUCGGUUGCUUUAGUGCAGCCAGUUGUAUAACAGGGGUUUUGGCAGAUGACGUUGCUACAACCCUUCUUUUACAUCAAUAUGGUGCACUUAGUAUUUGGGAUUACACUACUGCAGCGCCGUAUACACAAAUCGACAUGAAUCCACAUCUCCCGGGAAUGAGUGAAUCAACAGCACACAAGGAUGCCAUUUUCUUUGCUGGACACAAAUUCGUUGGGGGUGUUCAAUCCCCAGGUGUUCUCGUCAGCAAACAAUUCCUCCUAAUGGACGAAAUAAGAGCCGAAGACAUGAGGGACACUCAUCGUUAUCUGAACAAUCCUGAAUUACGUGACGAAAGUGGAACCGCUGGUGUCGUUGAAAGUAUUCGAUGUGGAUUGGCAAUCCAACUUAAAGAAAACGUGACACCAAGAGCUAUCGUCAAUCGUCAAGACAAAAUUUCCAGGCAAGUUUUGGCACACGUACGCACAAUUCCAGAAUUAAUUUUACUAGGAAGUGCAUCGCAAAAUGUCAAAAGGCUACCCAUAUUUUCUUUUAUGGUACGCCAUCCACGUGGCACCUUCCUUCAUCAUAAUUUUGUGUGCGCCGUGUUGAACGACGUUUUUGGAAUACAAGCGAGAAGUGGGUGCGCUUGCGUUGGUCGAUACGCUCACAAUUUGAUGGGAAUCGAUACAGAACUGGCAAAGGAGUAUGAAAAUUUAUUGAUGCAGAGUCAACGUAACGAGGGUAGCGAAGAAUUUAAAACGGAAGCAUUGAGGCCAGGAUUUGCUAAACUUUCCUUCCCCUAUUUCAUGUCCGAAGCUGAAGUUGCAUUCAUAUUGGAAGCUUUAAAAAUGGUGGCUACCGAGGGAUGGAAACUUUUACCCCAAUACGUUUUAGAUCCAAAUACUGGCGAGUGGAGACAUCACACCAAUGGUAUAUUAAAAGAAAGAAAAUUAUUGGGAACGAUCAGAUACACGGACGGUAAAAUGAAUGCAUCCGAAAGGAGAGUAUCAGGAUCCGGUAUUUUUCCACAAAGUUAUUCCGAUUGUUUACAAACUGCAAGAAAUAUCUUCAAUCGUGCGCGUAAAAUGGCACAAAGGUAUCCUCUGCAAACUGAUCGCAUUUUUACAUUUAUCUCGGAACAAACGGAACAAUUACGUUGGUUUAUGUUACCGAACGAAGCUCAAGAUCUUCUUUUGGGAAAUUCGCAAAACGUGAAACAGGAAGUACCGUUCAAUCCGUGUUUAGCAGCACAUAGAUUUGUUCAUACGACAACGGCAACGAGUACUCACGAAAGUCUCGUCAAUAGUUUGGCAUUGGCCAAUGGUAUGAGACGUUUGAACAGUGAUAUCCCACGAACCGGAAAUAUUCCUAUAUCGCAAAAUUCACCACGACAUCGAAGUCUUCCAGCAUUGAGCACGAUAAGGAGGAACAUGUCAACGAUAUCAGCAUCAAUGGAAACAAAAAGUAAUUCCAUGGAAAUCGAUGAUAAAGGUGGAUGUGUACGAAACGAUAAUGGGAAUUCGACGGGACACAAAUCACCGGCAACUUGCCCGAGUUCACCUAUGCCAGUUCGAUUUGCCGUAGGUGAAGCUGUAACACCGUCAGCCCUUUCUUGCAUAACUCAUGCGGUAACAACAAGACCAAUGAAAGAACAAAGAGAUUUGAUAGAAACUAGAGACGCUGGACGUGCCAGAUGCAAUUCUUUGGGUAGUACAACUGGGACUAAUAACACGACCAAUAAUCGAUCCGGUAUGUCAUCCUCGUCUUCGCCAAUACCGGUCCUACCAUUGAGUCCUCAAACUCUGACGAGUUUAGGUUUAACUUCGGGACGUUUAGACAUUGGUUCCUCAAAACAAAGACGAUUGCAUUGCAGUUGCAGUAGUCAAACCGAAUUGAAUUCUCUCGAGUUAGAAGCUAUGAGUAAUCUCAGUCAUUCUAUUUCGUCAUUCAAUUAUCACAACGUCGCGUCACCCCCAUCCUCGUAUUCUUCGGUAGGCGAAUACGCGGAAAGAUUCGUUGCUGGUGGAAGAUCUUCACCGAUUUAUUCGAACGUUGGUCAAAGAUCCGACGACGAUUUGAGUGCUUAUUUGAAAGAAGUUACGAAAGAAUUAGCAACCGAGAUCAAAUCUGAAAUUCGCGAAGUUAUAUCAAAAGUGGACGAUGCAUUAUCGGAAGCAAACACUUCAGAGAAUACUCCGCAACAUCAUUCGCGUUAUCAUAACACAGUUAGCCAAAUCUCAGCCGAGGAUAGCAGACAAUUGAGGCAUGAUUCGUUCACGGCAAGCGACAUUGCCGAAUAUUUGAUGGAAUUUUCCAAAGAAAUGGCUAGCGAAGUUAAAUCCGAAAUCAGGUGUAUGGUUAACGCUGUUGAUGGAUUACACAGACACUCGCCGGAUGCUUCAGCAUCGGAUGUAUCUUCGAAUGGAUGCGAAUCACCUGACAGAGGAAGGGUUUCUCUAACGAAUACAUCACCUAGGGUGUCGAGUUCUAGAAAACACGGUACAUCUGAGAUAUCUGGCAAAAUUGGUGAACUAACUCAACAGGAAAGUAAAAUGUCGAGCGAAUGUUCGUCAGACGAAACUGUGAUUUUCGUUAUGAAACCUACGGAAACCGAAAGAAUGAUAAAUAACAAUCGAAACAAAAGUACAGACGAUAACGUCGAUGACAACGAUGUUGACGAUGACGUUGACGAGGAUUCCCAAGAACGCGGUUGUCCCGAGGACAUUGCUGACGCUAGGAAGAUCCUUCCAAAGAUUUAUUCGGCCGUUAAUUCGGUAAGUUCGCAGGACAGUGGGAUCAACCUAUCGUUUCAUGAAAAUGACAACAACAAAUCGUCGUCGAUAGAUUUGUCUGAAUUGAAACGUAGCAGUAGCGCCGAAUCUAAUUCGACUAACAGUUAUGGUAGAAAAUCAAGGACUAUUUCUAACAACGCGAUGUCUAAUUUAUCCGCUAAAUCUUCCUCGAAACAGCUGAUACGUCAGAACGAUGAUCUUUUGUCCGAGGACGAGGAAGUUUCCUUGGAUUUGCGAGAGGAAAAAGAUGAUCACGUUGACGUAGAAGGAGGAUUCAAAUUCGAUGAAAAAGAAGGGGAUAAAAAUGUUUCUACGCGGGUUGUUCAAUGGCACUCGGCACCCAGAAAUAUUUGGAAACCAACGGUGGAAGCCAUACAGGAGUUCGAUAUGAUCCGAGACAACGACAGGGUUCUUUUAUGUCUUUCAAUGCUUGGAAAAGAUUCUCUGUCUCUUUUGCACACGUUACAUCAAUACAGGUUACACGCCAGGUCGAAAGGAAUCGAUUUUGAAAUUGGUGCAGCUACCAUUGACACCGGUGAAUUUAAUCGACUCGAAUCGAUCAGACACCUAAAAGCAUUGGACGUUCCUUACUUUUACGAAGAAUUAAUCGUUGAUGUCAACACUGUGACAACUGAUACGCAAAACGAUCAACCACUUUCCAACGAAGCUUGCAGCUUUUGCAACAGAUCGAUCAGAGCACAGUUGUACGCAAUCGCUAAACGUCACGGUUACAACGUACUGGCACUUGGUCAACACUUGGAUGAUUUAACCGAGGGAUUUCUUUCCUCUGUCUUCCACAGUGGACAAUUGAAAACUAUGAAAGCUCAUUAUUAUAUUCGUCGACAAGAUCUUCGCGUUAUAAGACCAUUUGUAUACGUCAGUGAAAAAGCUUUGAGACAAUUUGCUCGUAGCAAACGACUCGUCCCACACGAAUUUAACAAAUCGACCGAUCUUUCAGAGAAACAAAAACAGAGCAAAGAUAUUUUAAUCCAACAAGAACGAGCAUAUCCACGAAUUUAUUGGUCGGUACGUACGGCACUUCGACCAUUGAUAAUAUCCCAUGGACAACUGCCAGAUUUCGAUAUGACAUGCAGCAAUAGUUCUGGAAAUAUGACAAACAGUCCAAGUAGCAGUAGCGGAGUUAGCAGUAUCAGUACUGCUAGUAACAGUAACGCAAGUACCACCAAUAGUUCUAACAAUCAACAGAAAAGGUAUAGAAGAACUAAAACCAAUUCACUUUCAUCGACAUCAAGUGGUAGUAGUGGUGGUGGUGGUGCUGGUGCUGGUGCUGGUAGUGUUGGUCAUCAUUUGUCAAAUCAACGAUUGGACGAUGAUGAAACUGAUGAAGAACCGGUCCUUUGAGGAGGACUAUCCGCGAGAUGGGAUCCUAAGCGGCGUCCUUCAGUCUCAUCUUCGCGGGCACGUAGACGAAUAUUAGCACCGUCAACGUCGGCCAUUUUAAUACGAAGAAGAAGACAACGUUUUGCUGCCAUGACCACCGCGGCCAUUGUCCUUCCAAAUGAAUCGGAAUUGUUCGAUCAUUGAAUUCAAUUAAAAAAUAUUAAAAUUAAACCACAAAAAAAUGAGGAAAAUGAAUUUGAAAUGAGAACAAAAAUAUUCCUACGAAAUUGUUCAUCGCACUUUUUCGCUAACAUCGAUGAUGACGAUGAUACUGAUGACGAUGAUGAUGAUAAUGAUGAUGCAUACAUCUUGGACAUUGAAGUUUUGACAAAAUUAAUUACGAAGAUUCAUCGAAUAUUUUUCAUUUAUUAAUUUUUUUUUUUUUUCGCUAACAUAGAAUAUUCAAAUAUCUAUGUACGUGUAAUAUGUGUGUGUUGACUUUAGCAAGGAAACUUUAUCAAAGGAUUAGAAACUUUCCUAUAUAUAUAUGUAUAUUGGAUUUGAGUGGAUUUACAUUGGAAUGGGCAGCUAAUAAGUAUAAUUAACUGCGAAUAAACAUUUGUUUCAAAAAUUGGUAUACAAUAAAUGUUAUACCGAUUUGUUUAAUGUGGUUAGACAUCAACGAUCAACGUUGUUAAAAUUAACUUGGACUGACGACGAUUCGUGAUAUUAAACGAACUAGAAUAAUUUGUGUUUUAAUAUCUCCCAUUUAAAAAAAAUCGUCUCAAGAUAAAAAGAAAGCAAAAAAAAAAAAAAAAAAAAACGUUAUCGUCGAGAGUGUGUGCGUGUGUGUGGUGUAGGAUUGUUAAAAUGAACUUUGUUUAUCGAAAUUGCUUUAUAUACGCGCAUAUAUAUUUAUAUGUAUGUCGUUAUAGAAAUGAAAUUUAAUCGGGAAUACAAUUGUUUUCUUUUUUUUUUUUGUUUUUUUUUUUUUGUUCAAAUUAUAUAAGUUAAGAUUCUUCAUCGUAUUAGUAUUAAAUAAUUAAAACGAUUAGGAGGAAAAUGGAAAAGCGUCGUUUAUAUAUAAAAAAAAAAAAAA